AUGGCCAUUAGGAUGAUCCACUCCAUAACCUUCCCCAACAUCAAGGUCAGGCUGACAGGUCCUCAGGCGGGGUCUUCAGGUCUCCCGGGGAGCCGUUCCGAGUCGCCCUUCGGUCACCCCCUUCUCCGGCCCCCGCACAACGCCGGGCGGCAAAGCCCAGCCGGCCGAACGCAGUUCCCAGCUGCAAGGCCCCUCGAGUUGGUUACCUAUUUACACGCCAAACGCCUGGAGACCGCUCAGUCCCCCCCAGGGCAAGUAGCAGCUGCAGUGAUGGCUGCCAUCGACGCUGGGUACCGGCACUUUGACUGUGCCUACGUGUACCAGAACGAGAAUGAGGUUGGGGAAGGGAUCCAGCAGAAAAUCAAGGAAGGUGUCGUGAAACGAGAGGAUCUCUUUGUUGUCAGUAAGGCAGGAGAGGAGCUGUUUCCCACAGAUGACAAAGGCAUGUCAAUACCCAGCAACACAGACAUUCUACAUACGUGGGAGGCCAUGGAAGAGCUGGUGGAUGCUGGUCUGGUAAAAGCCAUUGGAAUCUCCAACUUUAACCGUGAGCAGACUGAAAGAAUCUUGAACAAGCCAGGACUGAAAUAUAAGCCUGCAAAUAACCAGAUCGAGUGUCAUCCAUACCUUUCCCAGGAAAAGCUUAUUGACUAUUGCCAAUCCAAAGGGAUCACUGUGACAGCAUAUUGUCCCCUUGGACGCCCUGACAGGUAAUUUCAGAAGCAGGAGCCAUCCUCUCUCUGACUCGGUGCUCUGCUUCUGCAGGUUCUCCUUCGCUUCCAGAUCCAGAGAAAUGUGAUUGUGAUUCCCAAGUCUGUCACUCCACAGCGCAUUGUGGAGAACUCCAAGGUGUUUGACUUCGAGUUGACUAAAGAAGAGAUGGCAACUCUUCUCAGCUUAAACCGAAACUGGAGAAUCUGUGAAAUGAUCACGUGCAAAAACCACAAGGAGUACCCUUUCAAUGCAGAAUACUGA